CGACGAGACUCCGGGGUUUGGCCAGGGAGCCGGGGUGCGCACGGAUCCCCCGCCCCGCAGUUCUGGCCGGCGUCCCGGUGCGCACGGACGUGGCUCGAGUUUCCUCCGCUCUUGAUAGCUCUCCCCCUCCUGCUCCUCCUUCUCUCCAGGUCUCCAGCUCCGGCUGUUCAGCUCCACCCGGCCGGCCCCGCACGGCUCCGGGUAGCCAUGGAGGACGUCACGCUCCACAUCGUCGAGCGGCCGCUUGCCGGGUACCCCGACCCGGAGGGCCCAGAGCCCUCACCUGUGGGGGCGCCGGCAGCGGAGGAGCCGUCCGGGGCCGGCUCUGAGGAGCUGAUCAAGUCUGACCAGGUGAAUGGCGUGUUGGUGCUGAGCCUUCUUGACAAAAUCAUCGGCGCCGUCGACCAGAUCCAGCUGACCCAAGCCCAGCUGGAGGAGCGACAGGCGGAGAUGGAGGGCGCCGUGCAGAGCAUCCAGGGCGAGCUGAGCAAGCUAAGCAAGGCACACGCCACCACGAGUAACACAGUGAGCAAGUUGCUGGAGAAGGUGCGCAAGGUCAGCGUCAACGUGAAGACCGUGCGCGGCAGCCUGGAGCGCCAGGCGGGCCAGAUCAAGAAGCUGGAGGUCAAUGAGGCUGAGCUGCUGCGGCGCCGCAACUUUAAAGUCAUGAUCUACCAGGACGAAGUGAAGCUGCCGGCCAAACUGAGCAUCAGCAAGUCGCUGAAGGAGGCGGAGGCGCUGCCCGAGAAGGAGGGCGACGAGCUGGGCGAGGGCGAGCAACCCGAGGAGGAUGCGGGGGCGCUCGAGCUGUCCUCCGAUGAGGCGGUGGAGGUGGAGGAGGUCAUCGAGGAGUCGCGCGCCGAGCGCAUCAAGCGCAGCGGCCUGCGGCGCGUGGACGACUUCAAGAAAGCCUUCUCCAAGGAGAAGAUGGAGAAGACCAGGGUGCGCACCCGCGAGAACCUGGAGAAGACCCGCCUGAAGACCAAGGAGAAUCUGGAGAAGACGCGGCACACCUUGGAGAAGCGCAUGAACAAGCUGGGCACGCGUCUGGUCCCCGCCGAGCGGCGCGAGAAGCUCAAGACAUCGCGAGACAAGCUGCGCAAGUCCUUCACGCCCGACCACGUGGUCUACGCGCGCUCCAAGACCGCGGUGUACAAGGUGCCGCCCUUCACCUUCCAUGUCAAGAAGAUCCGCGAGGGCGAGGUGGAGGUGCUGAAGGCCACCGAGAUGGUGGAGGUGGGCGCCGACGACGACGAGGGCGGCGCGGAGCGCGGCGAGGGCGCCGACCUGCUGCGCGGGAGCAGCCCCGACGUGCACACGCUGCUGGAGAUCACUGAGGAGUCAGACGCCGUGCUGGUGGACAAGAGUGACAGCGACUAAGCAGCGGGCCCUGCUCAGAGGCCUGUGCCUCGUCCUGCCUCUCCCUUCCCCCACCCUGUUCCUUUUCCUUUCUGAACUUUCUCUUUCGCAUUCUCUCUCAGCUCCUGAACUGGUUAAGAUUUUUCUAGAUUUAAACCACCUGCCUUCAAGGAGACUCCUCUAAGUCUUACAGCUGUUAAGCCCAGAGAGGGAGGCAGCCUCACCCAAGUAGAAGACCCCAAUUUGGACAUAGUACAGGUGGAAAUGGGAAGGGGAGUGAUCCAUGUCCUGGAUGUCCAAGUCGGGGGUCCUAAAGGGAAUUGACAUGAUUUACAGUUACUCCCCCUUUGGGGGCUUCCUUUCCCUCAACCUCUCUCAAUCACUCCCUACUCAUGGAGCUCUUCCCUUCUCAUCCUGCCCGCCGGGGCUUCAAAGCUAAAAUUACCCUAAGAGGAAAGAGUGGGUCCUACUGAAAGGACAUGAAAGCAGCUUUUACGGGAGACUGAGGCAGUGGGCGACAGUGGGAUCUGAGCAAGCCCUCGGUCUGGAUGAGGGUCCAGCUCAGGCUGUUUUCUGCAAAGAAUCCGAAGAAAGAAGACUGGAGCCCUGGGGAAGGAGGUGGGGCACCUUUACUUAUUUAUGCAUCUGCACAUGCGGAGCACAUGGCGAUGGCUUUGGGAAGGAGGUGGAAAUGGGUGAAGAGAGAAAGAAGUCUCAUUAGCUGCAUGAGAAACCCCAUCUUACCAGGUUUUCAGAAGGCAGCAGGACCAUUUUCAGAAUGGGGGCGGGGGGAGAAUAGUAUGAGAAAGUGAUGAUCCAGAGAAAGAGAGGUAAGCCUAACCUGAUCUUGCAACUGGGGUCUGGGUGGUGCCGCCGAGGGCAGCUUAUUUCUGGAAGCCCAGAAAGUUAGGGCAGAGAGGGCAGCAGUGCUGGGAUUUAGAGGGUGGGGAGUGCUAACGGCCAGGCCACCAAGCGGAGAGAUGGGACAGCACAGGCUCCCCCCAGCUGUUUCUUCUCCAGAGGCUUCCUUAGAGCUAGCAUCCCAGAGCUGCAGACCUUGCUGAGACACCACUGAUAACUUGUUCUUAGGGGUUAGGAGGGUGCUGCUUCCAGUCCAGAGCCCUGAUGUCUUGUCUGUCAACUAGGUUCCCCUCAGGACACUUCGGUCCCGCUCUUCUCUCCCCUUAAGGCAGUUAGGAGCAAGGACAGCCCCUCCCUCCAAGUCUCAGCCUGAAGGGAGGGGUGGAGUGCUUCCUCCUCCUCCUCCAACCCCCUUAUCUUUCCUGCUCUGCUUUUUAGAAUUGCAGCUAAUUGUUUUAAGGGGGUGGGGGAGGGAGCCUGGGGACACAAACCUUUUAUACAAUACAAAGCUUUGCUUUUUUUUUUUCCUUUCCUUUUCCUUUACUGGGUUCCCAUCUCUCUGAAUGAUUGAAGACUUGUCAGCUGAGAGAGGACGGAGAUUGUGGGACAAAGUCCUUUGGUGCUGAUGGGCUGAAGGGGGCUGAGUGUGGGCAGAUGCAGUUUUCCAUGGGGAACCUCUCACGUUGCUGUGUCCUGGUGAGCAGCCUGACCAAUAAACCUGCUUUUGUAACAGUA